AUGCUUGUUCCUCCUGUUGGAGAAUUUCCUAGCCAUAAUGCACUUAUAAAACACGUGUUGUCUAUUAAUAACCCAAAUUAUAAUCAUGAACCAUCCAAUAAUCUGUUAGCUCAUCCAUCAUUUAGGAGGUUAGAUAAUCAAUCUUUAGAAAGGUUAAACACUAUGUCAAAAGCUAGUGUUCACUCUCGACAAAUUGUGUCUUCCUUUAAUCAGAGUGGUUCUAUUGUAGCAUUACAGGAUAUUUAUAAUGCACAUGAAAAACUUCACCGUGAAUACCUUCAGAGAUGA